GUCCGCGGCCCGCCCCGUUGAGUCCCACCCACCGCGUCCCCUCCCCUCCCACUGCGGGAAAAGCGGCCGCGGCCGCCGCUGCUCGCUGUGGGGCGGGCGGAGCGCUGCGGGCGGCGGACGAGAUGCGAGCGCGAGCGCGGCCGCAGCCCCGGCGGCUCUGGGCGGCUCUGCUGGCGCUGGGGGCGCUGGCGGGCGUCGGCGUCGGAGGGCCCAACAUCUGUACCACACGAGGUGUGAGCUCCUGCCAGCAGUGUCUGGCUGUGAGUCCCAUGUGUGCCUGGUGCUCCGAUGAGGCCCUGCCUCGGGGUUCAUCCCGCUGCGACCUGAAGGAGAAACUGCUGAAGGAUAACUGUGCCCCGGAGUCCAUCGAGUUCCCGGUCAGUGAGGCCCGAGUACUAGAGGCCAGGCCUCUCAGCGACAAGGGCUCUGGAGACAGCUCCCAGAUAACUCAAGUCAGUCCCCAGAGGAUUGCACUCAGGCUCCGGCCAGAUGAUUCGAAGAAUUUCUCCAUCCAAGUACGGCAGGUGGAGGAUUACCCUGUAGACAUCUACUACUUGAUGGAUCUAUCUUACUCCAUGAAGGAUGAUCUGUGGAACAUCCAUAACUUGGGUACUAAACUGGCCUUCCAGAUGGGAAAGCUCACCAGCAACCUGCGGAUUGGCUUCGGGGCCUUUGUAGACAAGCCUAUGUCACCCUACAUGUUCAUUUCCCCACCAGAGGCCCUCAAGAACCCCUGCUAUGAUAUGAAGCUCACCUGUUUGCCCAUGUUUGGAUACAAACACGUGCUGACGCUUACUGACCAGGUGACCCGCUUCAAUGAGGAGGUGAAGAAGCAGAAUGUGUCACGGAACCGAGAUGCCCCAGAGGGAGGCUUUGAUGCCAUCAUGCAGGCUACAGUCUGUGAUGAAAAGAUUGGCUGGAGGAAUGACGCAUCCCACCUGCUGGUGUUUACCACUGAUGCCAAGACUCAUAUAGCACUGGAUGGAAGACUGGCAGGCAUUGUUCAGCCCAAUGAUGGGCAGUGUCAUAUUGGCAGUGACAAUCAUUAUUCUGCCUCCACUACUAUGGAUUAUCCCUCUUUGGGGCUGAUGACUGAGAAGCUAUCUCAGAACAACAUCAAUUUGAUCUUUGCAGUGACUGAAAGUGUAGUCAGUCUCUAUCAGAACUAUAGUGAACUCAUCCCAGGGACCACAGUGGGGGUUCUCUCCACUGAUUCCAGCAAUGUCCUCCAGCUCAUUGUUGACGCUUAUGGGAAAAUCCGCUCUAAAGUAGAGCUGGAAGUGCGUGACCUCCCUGAGGAGUUGUCUCUAUCCUUCAACGCCACCUGCCUCAACAACGAGGUCAUCCCAGGCCUCAAGUCCUGUGUGGGACUCAAGAUCGGAGACACGGUGAGCUUCAGCAUUGAGGCCAAGGUGCGCGGCUGCCCCAAGGAGAAAGAGAAGUCUUUCACCAUCAAGCCUGUGGGCUUUAAGGACAGCCUCACUGUCCAAGUCACCUUUGACUGCGACUGUGCUUGCCAGGCCCAGGCUGAGCCUCACAGCCACCGCUGUAACAAUGGCAAUGGGACCUUUGAGUGUGGGAUUUGCCGCUGCGGGCCUGGAUGGCUGGGGUCUCAGUGCGAAUGCUCGGAGGAGGACUACCGCCCCUCCCAGCAGGAUGAGUGCAGCCCUCGGGAGGGCCAGCCCAUCUGCAGCCAGCGGGGCGAGUGCCUCUGUGGUCAGUGUGUCUGCCACAGUAGUGACUUUGGCAAGAUCACCGGCAAGUACUGUGAGUGCGAUGACUUCUCCUGUGUCCGCUACAGGGGGGAGAUGUGCUCAGGACAUGGCCAGUGCAGCUGUGGGGACUGCCUGUGUGACUCCGACUGGACCGGGUACUAUUGCAACUGUACAACACGCACUGACACCUGCAUGUCCAGCAAUGGGCUUCUGUGUAGUGGCUGGGGCAAGUGUGAAUGUGGCAGCUGUGUCUGCAUCCAGCCGGGCUCCUAUGGAGUCACCUGUGAGAAGUGUCCCACCUGCCCAGAUGCCUGUACCUUUAAGAAGGAAUGUGUGGAGUGUAAGAAGUUUGACCGAGGAACCCUACAUGAGGAAAAUACCUGCAGCCGUUACUGCCGUGAUGAGAUUGAGUUAGUGAAGGAGCUUAAGGACACCGGCAAGGAUGCAGUGAAUUGUACCUACAAGAAUGAGGAUGACUGUGUCGUCAGAUUCCAGUACUAUGAAGACGCUAGUGGAAAGUCCAUCCUGUAUGUGGUAGAAGAGCCAGAGUGUCCCAAGGGCCCUGACAUCCUGGUGGUCCUGCUUUCAGUGAUGGGGGCUAUUCUGCUCAUCGGCCUUGCCACUCUGCUCAUCUGGAAGCUCCUCAUCACCAUCCAUGACCGAAAAGAGUUUGCUAAAUUUGAGGAAGAACGAGCCAGAGCAAAAUGGGACACAGCCAACAACCCACUGUAUAAGGAGGCCACGUCCACUUUCACCAAUAUCACCUACCGGGGCACUUAAUGACCAGCAGUCAUCUUAGAUCAUUGUCAGACUGUACCAGGAUUGUGGGAGUCUCUGCUGUCAUGUUUACAAAGGACAGUGUUUGUGGGGUGGGACCUGGGGCUUACAGUGGGGUGGGUUGAGAGAAUGUCAGUAUGUGGAAGUGUGAGUCUGUGUGUGUGUGUGUGUGUGUGUGUGUGCAUUGCAUGGGAGGGAAUGUGUAAUUUAAAACUUGUGAUGUGUCCUAAUAAGCAGAGCUCCUCAGCUUUUGUCCUCAGAAUGCCUCCUGCAGGGAUUCUUCCUGCUUAGCUUGAGGGUGACCAUGGAGCCGAGCAGGUGUUCUUCAUUACCUCAGUGAGAAGCCAGCUUUCCUCAUCAGGCCUUUCUCCCUGAAGAGAAGCAGGGCAGGGCUGAGGCCUCUCAGUCCGGAGGGAGGAAGGGCCGCCAAGCCUUGGCUCUGCCCUCAGUUCAUAAGUUUAUGGUUCUCGGGCCUGACUCUAAGCAGCCAUGAGAGAACUGCUGGCCUUUUGCUGCCCCGAAAUAGCAUCUGGACCUCUAUCUCCUCUCCCCUCAGGCUGAAGAAUGGGUCGGGGAGAGCUGAACUGUCAGAGCUGCUGUGCCUUUUGCCAUCCCUUCAGUCCAGCUAUGGUUCUCUGACAAGGAAAGUCCUUUUACCCAUUGGGUGUGAGGAUGGCAGGGCCACUCAGGGGUCAUUCAUGGCCUGGGGAAUGUGCCAGCUUCCCCUGGUUCAUAAUCGCAACCCUUCAGAUUUGCCUCCUUGGCAGCUCCACACUGGAGGCUUGUUUAGAAGUGUGCCAACCUCAGACCAGCACGACUGCUUUACCUCCUCCUGCCACACCCUCACUGCUGUAGACAUUCACUGUGGACUGGGGAUUUCUUUCAUGACCAAAUACUUUUCCUCCAAGGGAUAGUGCUAUGGUUAGAGCCAGAGGUCUGGGCCUACCCUUCAGGCCUUUUGCUCCUUGUUCAAGGCACCUCCACGCACCAAACCCUGUGCCGCUGUGUGCUAUGUCCAUCCAUGGGGCUGACUGCAUUUAUUUACAACCUCUUGGGUGUCUUGUGAAGUGAUCAUUCCAGUGAGUCUGUUGGGCAUAAAUGCCAGGACGGAAUGAUGGGCCAGAUGUAUCAACAUGUGUAGCCUGUUCUUCUGUGGGCUGGACAACCUCAUUUAACUCAGUCUUUGAUCUGAGAGGCCACAAGUGCAAUUUUAUUUUAUUUUUCACCUUGGGGCACCUGAAGCCAUGAUCAGGAUUUCUUAAUCUAAAGUAUUUAAAAGUACUUUUAUUAUAUUUGUAAAUUUAUGUGAUGGCAAAGAAGGAAGCAUGGAAAACCACACAGACUUGGGGAAACAGACAUGUGGAGGGAUAUACAGCAUCAUUCAUAGUAAGUCACUGCCCAGUUGCUGGCUCUAUAAGGGGUCUUUCAUCCUUGAAGCCUGUGAGGAUGGAUGUAUGGACACACUGGACGUCUCCUGAGAAAGAGGGACAUAUUUUGUCUUGGCAAUAGCAGUUGCUCCAUUCGUGUUGACAUAACAUUAAAAACACCCCUCACUACCCAAGAAAAAGGGAAAGACUUAUAAACAGUGGUCUGAUGAGCAGAAAAUUGGAGUCCUGGCCUCAGCAUUGGAGGGAAGGAGUCUUUAACCUUGAUUAAGACAAAUCACUUUCUUUUUCCCUCAGGCUCAAUUUUCUAGUUUGAAAAACAGUGGUCUCAUCUCACUCUUAAGAUGUUGGGACUUACUGGGGCAUCAAAUAUGCAGUCAAGAUUCUGUGGGAUAUUGAUACUGUUUGUUUUUCUAGUUGGGAGAUCGGGGCUUUGGCAAAACCAGAUGUCUUUCCAUAUCACCUUUCUCUAUGAGUCUCAUCCUAUCCUCUCUCCAUACCCCUUCUCCAACUUUUAUUAAUAGUUCUGUCUCUUGUUGAGGAAGAAAUUUCUCUAUGAGUCUCAUCCUAUCCUCUCUCCAUACCCCUUCUCCAACUUUUAUUAAUAGUUCUGUCUCUUGUUAGGGGAAAGGAAUCCACAGGAAGUAGCUGAAAUGUAUAUUUUAUAUCCUUGUGUUAACAUCAGGAGUAAGCCUUGGAAUUAGGAACGGCAAUGACUGAGCCUUGUCUCACCAAUGGUUACUCCUUACUGUAGGGAACCGGGAUUUGGUAGCAGAAUAAAUGGGAAAGGGAAAAGGAUAACUAUGAAUCCAAUAAGUUUAGAACCUCACUAUAACCUUCAGCUACUGAGAAUCUGUGAGAGUAUUAGUGGGACAUUUUCAUUAGGUAAGGUGGAUUAUUUGAAGAAACUAUAUUAAAGGGGGAAGAAAUGGAUGAAUAAAACCAGUAAUAGUCUCCUCUAGGCUGCUAGAAUAAGGUUCAUGGGCCUUUAAGACCAGUACUGUUUGUAUGUAGGAAUAAUCUACGGCCCUGUUCGUGAGAUAAUAAAUAGUAGUUCUGGUAUGUAGAACAGCUAAAUAGUAUUCUGGCAUCGAGUAAGAGCGCAAAGGGAUUGUGCUCACCUUUUUCUGAGGUCAUCUAUGUCCAGACUCAGAAUCUGUGGACAAUAACAGGAAACUUUGGACAUUUCUGACAUGUUGCCAUAAUAGGAGUCAGUUCUUUACCUCUCAGAUAUUCCUAGACCAGCCACGAUUUCAAGAUACUUCUCUUUAAGUAUUCCUGGUUGAAAUUACUUAAGCGUCUUUCUCAUUUCCUAAGCACCCUCUGUGUUUGGGUUGUGCAACAGUGAAUUAAAUGUGCUUUCCAAAAAGAA